AUUAUAUUAUCUAAAUCUGAAUCCAUCUUUUUAUCUAAGGUCCCUGAAAUCUUAAACUGUGCCGUUGACUUCUUUUCCUCUGUAAGUCAACUCUCUUUUUGUCUCUCCAUCGAUCUAUCUCGCGGACACUACUCUCUUUGGAUCGUCAUUCUAUUUGUGGACUAAAUUUUAAGAGAGGAUAUGGGCGUAUUUCCUGGAUUUGGUAGCUGGAUCAAUCAAAACACUCAACAGCCUCAUAAGGCAGAGUCCGAGAGAUAUGAGAAUGUGAAAUUUAAGUCAAAGUCGGAGACAAAUACUCAUGAGGAGAGAGAUGAGAUGAAACAUCAAUUAAAACUUUGGAGAGAUGCAGAGCAGAAGGAACAAUGGAAUGAUGACCCACCUAAGGUGAAGGUGGAAAGAAGAAAUGAUCUAGAAUGGGGUAUGUCAACUAUAGAAAUGCAAUUUACAUUAGGAUUGCCUCCUCAAGCAGCUUACGACGUUUUAACUAAUCCAGACAACCAACCAUACUCAAGAAUAAUCAAAGGACGCCAACUUUUGGAAAACAUAUCAAGAAAAGUUGUGUCCCCGGAUACCGGGAAAGGGCAGCUUGUGGACACAGAGAAAGCUGUGGCCUGGAACUUCCUUUGGUUGUCUGGAACCAUCCCGAUAAUUGCAAAUUUUAUCGAAAAUCGACAAUUCCUUACGGUUAGAAACUUCCCUCAUGAGAAUCAAUCCUUUUAUACAGACUUGGGAAAUUUAAAUUGGGUUUCUCUUGCUUAUUUUCGGCAGGUUCAAUAUACGGUGAAGAAUAAGAUGUUCAUAAACAUGUUUGAGGGUCAGUAUAAAGUGGAGCCCUUAUACGUAGAUUCAGAACUCUUUUGCAAACACGAGAAGCCUAGGAGUACAGAAGAAUACGAAAAAUGUAGCCGCGGACAAGGAAGGAUUGGGUCGAAAGUGACAUUGGACCAGAUGUUUAAGCCUUCUUUUCUUUUUAAUCUGCCACCGAUUUCUUGGUACGUUCGUCGGAUCACCAUCAAGACCAUGAAAACUCUGAUCGAAGAUCUUCAAAUUACAAGUGCCGUGAUGCGAGGUAUUUGAAACGUCCCAAAUCCGCUAUCAAUUGAUACAACAUCAAAUAAAGUUUUAAAAUCACUUUUUAUAAAUUUAAAUAGCAUAAUAUUACAUAUAACUUUAGAAAUGUAUGUUCUUAGUCACUGACCUUUAAACACAUUGACUUUGAACAGUAAUCCGAAAAAUAGUUCCAACCAUACAAUUGUACUCGUCAUAUAAUCUCUUAGAAUCACAAUUUAUACAUUUCAUUAACCUACAUACAAUUCCACAAAUAUAGUGAAAAGAAAAACAGAUAAAUGAAGCUAUUCCAUGGUUUUUAA